AUGGAGCCUGAUUUAACAGGAACGACGUAUGACAGUACAGACCCUGACUAUGCUGUGUGGGUACCACCAACAAAUCAAUCAGGGGAUGGAAAAACACAUCUCAAUGACAAAUUUGGUGGUGCAGGCUGGGAUUAUCCUAUCGAACUGUAUAGUGGUGUCAGCUGGGAUUAUCCUAUCGAACUGUAUAGUGGUGCUGACUGGGAUUAUCCUAUCAAACCGUAUAGUGGUGCCGGCUGGGAUUAUCCUAUCGAACUGUAUAGUGGUACCGGCUGGGAUUAUCCUAUCAAACUGUAUGGUGUUGCCGGCUGGAAUUAUCCUAUCGAACUGUAUAGUGGUGUUAGCUGGGAUUAUCCUAUCGAACUGUAUAGUGGUGCAGGCUGGGAUUAUCCUAUCGAACUGUAUAGUGGUGUCAGCUGGGAUUAUCCUAUCGAACUGUAUAUUGGCGCCGGCUGGGAUUAUCCUAUCGAACUGUAUAGUGGUGCCGGCUGGGAUUAUCCUAUCAAACUGUAUAGUGGUGUCAGCUGGGAUUAUCCUAUCGAACUGUAUAUUGGUGCCGGCUGGGAUUAUCCUAUCGAACUGUAUAGUGGUGCUGGCUGGGAUUAUCCUAUCGAACUGUAUAGUGGUGUCAGCUGGGAUUAUCCUAUCGAACUGUAUAGUGGUGUCGGCUGGGAUUAUCCUAUCAAACUGUAUGGUGGUGUCGGCUGGGAUUAUCCUAUCGAACUGUAUGGUGGUGCCGGCUGGGAUUAUCCUAUCGAACUGUAUGGUGGUGCCGGCUGGUGA